GAGGCAGAGAGAGGGAGAGAGGUCUUCCAUCUGCUGGUUCACUCCCCAGCCAAUCUGAAGCCAGAAACCAGGAGCUUCUUCUGGGUCUCCCAUGCUGAUGCAGGGGCCAAAGGACCUGGGCCACCUUUACUGCUUUCCCAGGCCAUAGCAAAGAGCUGGAUUAGAAGUGGAGCAGGAGAAGCCACGUUCAGCUCGAGCGCCAAGAUCGUGAAGCCCAACGGCGAAAAGCCGGAUGAGUUCGAGUCGGGGAUCUCCCAGGCGCUCCUGGAGCUGGAGAUGAACUCGGACCUCAAGGCUCAACUAAGGGAGCUGAACAUCACGGCUGCCAAGGAAAUCGAAGUUGGUGGUGGCCGGAAAGCUAUCAUCAUCUUUGUUCCCGUUCCUCAACCAAAAUCCUUCCAGAAAAUUCAAGUCCGGCUAGUUCGUGAGCUGGAGAAAAAGUUUAGUGGGAAGCACGUUGUCUUUAUUGCUCAGAGGAGGAUUCUGCCUAAGCCAACUCAAAAAAGCCGCACGAAAAAUAAGCAGAAGCGCCCUAGGAGCCGCACUCUGACAGCCGUGCACGAUGCGAUCCUUGAGGACUUAGUCUUCCCAAGUGAAAUUGUGGGCAAGAGAAUCCGUGUGAAACUGGAUGGCAGCCGGCUCAUAAAGGUCCAUCUGGACAAAGCACAGCAGAAUAACGUGGAGCACAAGGUGGAAACUUUCUCUGGUGUGUAUAAGAAGCUCAUAGGCAAGGAUGUUAAUUUUGAGUUCCCAGAAUUCCAGUUGUAAACAAAAAUGACUAAAUAAAAGAUGCUUCACGGUAAAAAAAAAAAAAAAAAAAAAAAAAACAGCCAUGACUUGAACCGGCACCCAUAUGGGAUGCUGUUACUGCAGGCGACAGCUUUACCCACUGGGCCAUGGAGCCAGCCCCCUAGGUGGUUUCUUAAAUGCUGUACCAAGUGCCCAACCCAGGAUUUCUGGCUUGAUAAAAGAAUUUUUUUUAUGAAACUCUGAACUCAUUUUCCAAAUAAACAAUUAGAAACAAAAGUAUGAACUGAAGUUAUUAGUUGAAAAUGUAAAACCUAGUCAUUCAAAUGAUGUUUCUAUUUUAAGGUAUAUACAUGAUUUAUAUCCAUUUACCUUUAGAGGAAAUUCUAGAUAGUAAAUUUAAAAACUUCUUUUAAAAUGUUUAUUAAUGUAGUUUAUUUCAAAGGCAAGAGACAGAAAGUGAGUGAGCUCAUGUCCACUGAUACAGCCACCAAAUGUCUGAAACGGCCAGAGCUGGGCUAGACUGAAAUAGUGAAUCAGGCACUCAAUCCAGGUUCCACCAUGAGGGGCAGGGACUCAAGUACUUGAACAACCCCCUGCUGCCUCCCAAAGUGUGCAUUAGCAGGAAGCUGGAAUCAGCAUGGAGCUAGAACCCAAACCCAGACGCUCUGAUAUGGGGUGCAGGUGUGCCAAGCAGCGUCUUAACCGCUGUGCCAAAUGCUCACCCCUAAAAAUCUUGAACAAGGAAAUUGAAAUGGAAGAAACAUUAAGAAUUACAUAUGAGGGCCAGUGCCGCGGCUCAAUAGGCUAAUCCUCUGCCUGCAGCGCCAGCACACCGGGUUCUAGUCCUGAUCGGGGCGCCGGAUUCUGUCCUGGUCACUCCUCUUCCAGUCCAGCUCUCUGCUGUGGCCCGGGAGUGCAGUGGAGGAUGGCCCAAGUGCUUGGGCCCUGCACCCCAUGGGAGACCAGGAGAAGCACCUGGCUCCUGGCUUCAGAUCAGCGUGGUGCGCCGGCCGUGGCGGCCAUUGGAGGGUGAACCAAUGGCAAAGGAAGACCUUUCUCUCUGUAUCUCUCUUUCACUGUCCACUCUGCUUGUCAAAAAAAAAAAAAAAAAUUACAUAUGCAGGAUGAGUAUUUGGCCUAACAGUGAAGAUGCCACUUGCAAUGCCCACAUCCUGUAUCUGAGUGUCUGGAUUUGAGUCCUACCUCCACUCUCAAUUCUGACUUCCUACUAAUGUACAAACUGGGAGGCGCCAGGUGAUGGCUCAAGUACUUGAGUCACUUCACCCACAUGAGAGACCCAGAUUAAGUUCCCAGCUCCUGGUUUUAGCCCAGCCCCAACUUUUGCAUGCAUUUAGGAGUACAUCAGUGGAUGGGAAGUAUUAUCUGUCUCUGUUUCUCUCUCUCUCUCCUUCUCUCUCUCUCUGCCUCUUAAAUAAAUACUUUCAAAAUUAUAUAUAAUACAUAUUUAUUACUUUGAAGGAAUAUAAAGACAAAACACCAAAAACAUGUUUUGAACUUCCAGUAAGGCAAAACCACUGGGUUUUCCAGUUCUGAUUUUUCAAUUAAAGGAUGUGUAAACAUUUAGUAAGUUUUCCACAUUCAAUUCCAGGAAGAUUUUACCAAAAGAAUCCUUACAUUGGAGUCACUGAAUAUUCUAAAAUAUCUAAAAUAUCUGAAAAUCAAGCAGAAAAAAAUGAGCUAGUUUAUUCAAAAAUGGUAAUCAUCACUGAAGAUUCAAACCACAAACUUAAAACAGGUUACUGCAAGAAACUUCUAACCACUUCACUCGGGCUUCAGAUCUCUCAGGCGGUGCACAAGGCUCCUCCUACCCACCACCCCUGGAAAAGUGGCGUUUAACUAGAGGUUGCUAACCCAUCAUGCUCUGUCCUCUGCAGCCCUCUUUCCCUGUAUCUGCCUUUCUGUAGCUCACUCUGACUUCCUGUGGCUUAACUCCUGCUUAUCUUCCCCGCCCAUUGGAGACACAGCUUCUCCCCAGCAGUUUUCUGACCCAUUAAGUCCAAUGCAGGUGCUCCUGCUGUAUGCAUGUGCACUCAGGUGUCACAUCUUAAUUUACAGAACUGGAAUCAUGUGUUUGAGCAUCUGUCUCUGGCUAGGCUCUGAGAAUGUUAGCAACAGCAGCCUGACAGCCCUGUUUGUCAUCAUCACAUUUCCCGAGUCUGGGACAUAGUCACACUCAGUAAGGUUUUUUUUUUUUUUUUUUUCAGAGGCAAACAAAGAUAAACCUAACUGAUUUUUAUUCUCAGUUUAGGGGUAGGAGAGGGAAAAUGUGAAAUGAUGAAGGUCAUUCUUACUCCUUAAUGACAUGAGCCAACAGGAAUCAGACUCUACCCAUGAUGCCUGUGUGAAACACUCUCACCCAGGAGCUACCAAACUUACCUGAGAAACUUCCAGACCUCCUCUAUUAGACCCUGGUGGAAAAUUCAGAUUUAAAAAUAGAUACAGGGGCCGGUGCUGUGGCGCAGUGGGUUAACGCCCUGACCUGAAGUGCCGGCAUCCCAUAUGGGCGCUGGUUCGAGACCCAGCUGCUCCACUUUUGAUCUAGCUCCAUGCUAUGGCCUGGGAAAGCAGUAGAAGAUGGCCCAAGUCUUUGGGCCCCUGCACUCAUGUGGGAGACCCAGAAGAAGCUUCUGGCUCCUGGCUUUGGAUCGGUGCAGCUCUAGCCAUUGCAGCCAAUUGGGGAGUGAACCAUUGGAUGGAAGACCUCUCUCUCUCUCUCUGCCUCUCCUCUCUCUGUGUAACUCUGACUUCCAAAUAAACAUAAAUCUUUUUUAAAAAAAUAGAUGCUGGCUCCUGGGGUGCAGAUCAUAGUGAGGAGGAAAGAGAAGGGGUCCAGGUUUACCAUUCCAGCAUUUUAAAGCCAUCAUGUUCAGGCAUGAACCAUCACUUGGUGUCACUGGGGAAGUGGGUGCCUCCACUUUCAAAGACUAAACCCAAUCUGUCAAAACCAGAAUUGAUGUUCUUCUUUAGAACACUACAUAAAUUAUUGAUAUUUAAUUAUAGCUGGGCUCAGUGGUCGCGUUGCAAACAGAUAUUACUCGAAAUCAGCAUUUCAUAUAUGCUUGUAAACAUUUAAAAAGCCAAAUUCUAAAACUUAGGGUAUUUUGAAGUCCAAAUGACAGAAGGAAAAUAUAUCACAUCUUGUCCCAUUUUGUGUUUGUCUUUAUUCAUGACCAGUCUUCACCAGAACUUAUCAUCUGCAGAUUUUGACAGUCCUGUUGCACAUAGAGUAUUUUAAGUGUGGCCAUGAAGUAAGUUAGCUGAAACAAAAUAAAAUAUCUCCUCUGAUAUUGUGUGUGUCAAUGCAAAUACCAAACCGUGACAGACUGUUUUCCAUUUGUGAUAAGCAGAAUCUUGAGUUGCAUCAGAAAGCCAAAAGAUUUGCAUUCACAAAAUGAAAGAGUGUCCUGCUUAAAGCAGUAACAAUUCAUUUUCUCCGCUCUCAUCACAGGAGAUGAGAUUUGAAUGCCAUCAGCUGUGCGUGGUUUCAACCUCAAAACAGAAAGCACAGAGCUGCUAAUUUGGCCUUUUUCCAUAAUGUCCACACUACUGUUGUUUGGUUGGUGGAAGUUAGUAUGAAUUUGGGAGCUGCCCAAGCAUGGGUGGAGAAGCUUGCAUGUAUGACACUCUUCCCAAUGAACAAGUCUUCGAUGUUAGGGUUUGCAUAUUUGGUCAGUCUGGUUUGCCUUCUGUUCAGUAGCGGUUUCAUCCAUAUAAGCCAGGACAUGGUCAGUCUGUUUCCUUGGAGUCUCCUUUUUGUAGCAUAAAAUUAAAUACUCUAACCUCCUUUAGGCCAAGAGAAUAGUGAAAAUUAUAUACACAAAAAUGUCUAUGUGCAUGUCUUUCUGGUUAAAAUGAAUUUUAGGGGGUGGUGCUGUGAUAUAGCAGAUAAAUCUGCCACCUGCAGCACUGGCAUCCCAUAUGGGCACCGGUUUGAGUCCCAGCUGCUCUACUUCCAAUCCAGCUCUCUGCUAUGGCCCCGGAGGGCAAUGGAGGAUGGCCCAAGUUCUUGGGCCCCUGCACCCACAUGAGAGACCCAGAAGAAGCUCCUGGAUCCUGGCUUCUGAUUGGCCCAGCUCUGGCCGUUCUAGUCAUUUGGGAAGUGAACCAGUGGAUGGAAGACCUCUCUCUGCCUCCACCUCUCUCUCUCUCUUCCUUUCUGUAAACUCAGCCUUUUAAAUAAAUAAAUUUUAAAAAACUGAAUUUUAAACAUACAGGUGGCAGGAAAACGAGGAACAAACCUGAUCUUUUCUUUACACCAAAACAAUAAUAAUUACAAAAUCUAAGGUUUUCAAUCUGUACUCAGAUGGCUCUGCUAUGCCUGUUUUCUCAUUAUAACCCACUUAAACAUCAGUACUUGCAAAAUAACAGCUCUAGAGCUAGGUGAUAAAAUGAAAUAAUCUUUAUGAUUUGACAGUUCUUUUUCCAAACACUUUAUUGAUCUGAACAAUUACAAAAUGCUCUUUUUGACUUAUUCGUGUCAAAAGUCAAAUAAUGAAGCCUUUUGAAAGUGAAAUAUUUUAUGAGCAUACUUUGUCCAUGACGGAUACUCUAAAACACAUAUUAUUGUAACGAUUCUGGGCCGCUCUCACCUAAGCUGCAAAUCAGUAAUAAGUUUAUGUACACCCAUAUACAAAUAAGCUGUUGAGAAACAAGGCCAGCUGGAAAUACAAAGUAGGAAUCCACUUGCCUGGCAGAAUCAAAAAAACUAAAAGGCAGUGGCUGCCAUUGUGUCGUAGUGGGUUAGGCCACAGACUUCAACAUCGACAUCCUAUAUGGGUGCAGAUUUGAGUCCUGCCUGCUCCACUUCCGAUCCAACUCCCUGCUAAUAAACCUGGGAAAGCAGUGGCGGGUGGCCCAAAGGCUUCAGCCCCGGCACCUACAUGGGCAACCUGGAUGAAAUUCCUGGCUUCAGCGUGGCCCAGCUCUGGCCACUCUGGCUAUUUGGGGAAUGAAGUAGCAGAUGGAAGAUCUGUGUGUGUGUGUCCUCUCUAACUCUGCUAUUCAAAUAAAUAAAUAAAAUUUAAGAAAAAAAAGACCAAAAUGCCUACCUGCUACAAAGGGUUUUCUCUAAUGCUGCUACCUGGAGAGGAGUACCUUUGAUUCAAGUACUGCAGCUCCAAGUGUCCUUCAAAAUGCAUUCAUUCAUUUCUAUUGCUAUUAAAAGAGUAAUGGAAUUUCUGAUCUCAUUCUGGCUUUGUCUAUCAGAUUAAAUGUGAAUUUUUCCUCCAUAUAGAAAUGAAGCUUUCUGUUGAGAGAGUGGCACGUGUGAGAACCUGAAAGACUGUACACUGUGUUCCACUUAGGAUUGUGCUUGGGGAAAUGUAGCAGGAAGAGAGAAAGUGACCAAACAACAGGAUGAGGACAUGGAGUGUUCACUUUGGGUUUGUCUUCAUUCUGGAUGAAUUUACUACAGAUUCAGGACAUGUGUGUGCUAAGCUCCCUGAGAGCUGAGAUAAUUAAACAUAUGCACAGUAAAAUAAUCACAUAGUACCCUAUAAAUAGGUACAGUUAUAACAUGUUAAAAAUAAGGCAUUCAGAAAAAUAAGGGAUGCUAUGAACAACUCUGCACUCAAAAUUUGAUAACCAAAAUAGAUUGAUCGAGUCCUUGAAUGCCACAAACUUCCAAAAGUAACACCAGCAGAAGUAGACAACCUGAGUGACUCUGUUUCUAUUAGAGAAGUUGAAUCAAUAAUUAAUGACCUUCCAGAAAAAAUAUUGUUUACUGAUAAAUCUACCAAAUGUUUAAGAAAAAAAUAAUAUCAAGUCUCCACGACCUCUCCCAGGAAACAAGAGCAAGGAGAACUCUUGUUAACUCAUUCUAGGAGGACACAAUUCCCUUAGACUAAAGCCAGAUAAAGAUAUCACAAAAACUGACAACUGUGGCCCAAUAUCUCUCUUGAAUAUAUACACAAAAGUCCUCAAUACUGGUAAAUUAAAUCCAAAAUGAAUAAAAGGAAUUAGCCCACAAAGUGGGGCUUGGUCUUGAUGAAUAAGAUUUGUUUCAAAUUCAAAGUCAAUCAAUGAAUCUACUAUAUGUAAGCAAAAGAAGAAAAUCAGUUGAUGCAGGAACAACAUUUGGCAAAAUCUAACGUGUUCAUGAUACCUUAUCAAAGACCCUCACAAAACUAGUAACAAAAAACUUGUCCAGCUUGAUGAAGAACAUCUACCAAAACCAAAUGUGAUUAGCAUCACCUUUAAUGGUGACAAAUGGAAGUCUCUCCCCUAGUCAACAUUAUACUGGAUGCCCUGGCUAGUGACUGUUACAAGAAACAGAAACAAAAGCUAUGAAGACAGGAAAAGGAGAAAUAAAGCUAGCUAAUUCACAGAUUCUAUGAUUUUCUAUGAGAAAAGUCUAAAACAUCUACCAAAACCUUAGAUUACUGAGUAUAGCAAGAUCAACCAAAAGCACAAGACUUGCAACAAGUCCAUGCAGGAGAAAGGCCAAAGUCAGAGCUGUCAGUAAAUGAAUCAAUGUUUACCAGGGGUCUCCUGAGACCAUGGCAUAGGUAGGCAAUCUGAAAUUGUCCCCUUUCCAUAAAUUGAUUACAGAUGCUAAGGGUACUUAAAAUCUAGUUGCAGUAUCUCAUACUUGCUUUUUCUUGCUGCUUUCAGUGUUAUUUGUGGGUGGUUUGAGAGAGAAAUUAUCUAAAAGGGACAAUCCUCAUUAGAGCAGAGAAACACUUGAUGUGGAGCAUAAAUCAGAUUUGAUCAUUCACUGGCCAUUGUCAUUAUCAACAAACCAAGAGAGAAAAAUUAGAAAGGAAUUAUAGCUUUGCAGAGCUACACUUCCUCCAACAGCAACAUGAUAAAAAUAAAAGAAGUCCUUUUGGUCUCUUAAGCCACAUCCUAGAGUAGCUGAUUUAGUGGUUGGUUAUCUGCUGGAGUAUAACAAUGAAUAAGGGUCCCAUGAAUUAUACUUUCCUAUAGCAAGGAUUGGCUCAGGCUGCUAGCAUCAUUUCUAAGAAUUCUUGUUAGGAGCAUAAGCUAAAAUAUGCCAACUAUUUUUACCAAACUUGAAAAAGUAAUGUUUCAUAAACUCAUGCCUUGAUCUGUUCAUUAAAAGACAAACUACAAAUGGACAGUUUGACACUUAACAGCUAACUGGAGACUUCUCAGUGAACUGUUUUGUAUUAUCUGAAUGUUAAAUAGAAGUAUUUUAUUUCUAUCCAUUAAACUUGUUUUUUGGAGGUAAUUUUUGAUCUCACAUGUCCUGGGUCUAAAGUAGAAUCUGUACUUUAUCACUUAAAAGAAAAUUAACUGAUAUAGCACACAAAAAAUCAAGUAUUGUAUCUUAUCAAAGGCUUUUUAAUUGUGUGAACUGUAGAGAAAACAUGCCAUCCAGGACUUGUAAAUGCAUAUGCCAAUACAAUACUCCUUCAAGGUUUGCUUCAAACCCAUGGCAGUACAUUACAUAAUUGCACAAAUGCUGAUUUACUAUUGCAAUUAAAAAUGGACCUCAGGGGCUGGCACUGUAGUGUAGUGGGUAAAGCUGCUGCCUGCAGUGCUGGCAUCCCAUAUGGGAGCCAGUUCUAGUCCCAGCUGCUCCACUUCUAAUCCAGCUCUCUGCUAUGGCCUGGGAAAGCAGUGGAAGAUGGCCCAAGUACUUGGGCCACUGCACCCACGUGAGAGACCCAGAAGAAGUUCCUGGAUCCUGGCUUUGGAUGGGCAGCUCUGGCCAUUGCGGCCAACUGGGGAGUGAACCAGCUGACGGAAGACCUCUGCCUCUGCCUCUCUCUAACUCUGCCUUUCAAAUAAAUAAAUAAAAUCUUUUUUAAAAAAAUGGACUGCAAAGAAUGAUCUGGCUCCACAAACUCUGUGUACAGGUCAGCAGCACAGGCAGGCCCAGGGCUGGUGCUCGGUGGUGACUGUUUCUUGGCAAAUGAUUCUCAUUCCUCUGUGCUCUGACCCUAACCUGCCAUAGGCAGAACCUCAGUUACUGGACCACCUCACAGAGAACCUCAGAAUUAAAACAGUCCGUAGGGGUUCUUCAAGUCUAAGAAACUGUGAUUGGCUGGUUUAAUCACAGUGUCACAGCAUGUAUUAACAUGUCAUUUGCAUCAUUGUUAAUGAAUAAAAGACAUUUCAAGUGUGUGCUUGUGUUUACCUACAGAUAUUUCUCAGUAUGUGUUCUUAUCUGUAUGAGUUCAGCAAUAUGUAAAAUGCCCAGGUGAUGUAUGUGCAAGUCAAUUUAGGAAAAACAUAUCAUGUCAUGGCACAAAUACCAUAAACCACUGAUGGUCAAGAGUUAAGAAACUGGCUUCAUUUAUUUGAAUGAUGGCGAGCUAUUUUUAUGCAUGCUACAGAUAAAAUACUAAGCACCACACCAGUUUAUAGAAUGGAUAACUAGAAAUCAGUAUAUUUCAAACAAGGUUUUCAGACAGCUGUUAGAAGAGGGGAAUACUAUUAAAAUAUGUUUAUACAUAUAUCAACUCCAAAUAUAAAUUCAUUGAAAUUCCUCAUCUCUGACCACCCAAAAAGGUUAUUUCUGAAUAGAACUUAAAGGUUACUUUUGUUUUAAGUGAAUAACAAUGUUGUAAAUCUUGUUUGAGAAGAAACUGGCUUUGGGGGAGGGUUCUAUUUUAAUCCAUUGGCAAUUAUGUUUGAGUUUCCCAUAAAAUGUAUGGAAUCUAGAUCCUUUAAGUUUUUUUCUAGCUCAUUUCUAAAGGUUAUUAAAUAAAAUAUGAAAGAACAAA